AUGGUGCAAGAAAAAUACGAUGCUUUAAAGUAUCGAAAAUGGGUUCAUUUAAAUCAAUUAUCAUCUAUAAAUAAAGACAAUAAAUUUUCAAUAAUGACUUUUAAUUUAUUAUCAAGACAUUAUAUAUGGAGAGAUGUAUAUGAACAAAAUAAUCCCGAUGAUUUAGAUUGGACAAAACAUAGAUUUCCUUUGAUAAAUCAAACAAUACGACAAUUCAAUUGUGAUAUAAUGUGUUUUCAAGAAAUGGAAUAUUAUGUAUAUAAAAGACAUUGGAGUAAAAAUUUCCCUAAUGAAAAUUUUAAAAGUUUUUAUAUGCAAAAAUCAUCACCUGAAUAUAAUUCGAAUGAAAAUACUGAUGGAGUUGCAAUAUUUAUAAAUACUGAAAGAUUUGAUGUAAUUGAAGAACAUAGGAUAAAUUAUGGAGAAGAAAUACUAAAACAUGAAAAAAAUUAUGAUUUAACUAAUGAUUUAUUGAAAAGAGUAAUACCUAGAAAUACUGUGGGGAUAAUAUUGAAAUUACAUGAUAAAAGAUUUAACAAGAUUUUAUAUGUUACAAAUACUCAUUUAUAUUGGAGUCCCGAGUAUAAUGAUGUUAAAAUUAUACAAACUAAACUAUUGUUAAACAAAUUAAAUUCAUGUAGAAAAGAAAUGGAUUCAUCAGUAUUAUUUUUAGGAGAUUUAAAUUCAAAUUUUAAUUCAGAUGUUAUAAAAUUAAUUCAAGAAAGAAAAUUAGAUAUAUCUAAAUCAAAAGAAUUUCUAAAUCAUGAAUAUGGAAUAAAUAAUGCGUUAAUAAAUAGUGAUGGAAUAAUAGAAAAUCCAAUAAAAUUAAGAAAUGUAUAUCAAGAAUUAUUUGAAAAUUCAAAAUUACAUUUCACUACUUGUGUUACAAAAUUUGCUGAUGUUGUUGAUCAUAUUUUCAUAACUGAUGAUAUUAAAGUAAAUAAAAUAUUGGGGGAAGUUGAUCCUGAUUAUAUGGAUACUAAUGAUAUUGGAUUUCCUAAUGAACAAUUUCCUUCUGAUCAUAUCCCUUUGGUUGCCGAAAUAGGAUAUAAAAGUGUUGAUAAUAUUAAUGGCUUCGCAGAAUAG